AUGCCCGAUGUGCAGGAAGGCGAAGUCAGCGACAAUGCCGACGGCCUUCAGCGACAUCUCGCCAAUCGACAGAUCCAACUCAUCGCCAUCGGCGGCUCCAUUGGCACGGCUUUGUUCGUGUCCAUUGGUGGUGCCCUCGAAGAAGGUGGCCCCGGCAGUCUUUUCAUUGCCUACACCUUCUACGCCUGUGUCGUCGCUUUGGUCAACAACUGUGUUGCCGAAAUGACCGUCGCUUUCCCCGUCUCUGGUGGUUUCAUUCGUCUUGCCGGCCAUUGGGUCGACGAUGCCCUUGGAUUCAUGGCUGGGUGGAACUUUUUCCUUUACGAGGCUUUGCUUAUUCCCUUUGAAAUCACCGCCUUCAUCGCAGUCGCCGAGUACUGGGGCGAGAGCGUGACAAACCCCGGCCCUCAAGCUGGUGUCAUCAUUGGCAUAAUCAUCUGCUACGCCCUCAUCAACAUCCUCGCCGUCAAAGCCUACGGUGAAGCCGAAUUCUGGCUUUCCGGUGGCAAAGUCCUCCUCAUCUUCCUGCUCUUCUCCUUCACCUUUGUGACCAUGGUCGGCGGCAACCCUCAAAAUGAUGCGUACGGCUUCCGCUACUGGGAACACGGCGCCGCCUUCAAGGCUUUCCGUAGCGCUGGUGGUCUUGGAAAAUUCCAGGGAUGGUUGGCCGGUCUUUACAGCGCCUCCUUCACCAUCGUCGGUCCCGAGUACAUCUCCAUGGUCGCCGCGGAAGCCCGUCGCCCGCGCAUCUACAUCAAGACCGCCUUCAAGACCGUCUACGUCCGUUUCGGCAUCUUCUUCAUUGGCGGCGCACUCGCCGUCGGCAUUGUGUGUGAUUCCAACUGGCCCGACUUCAUCGCGAGGAUUCAAAGUGGCGCUUCCAGCGCUGCGGCAUCGCCGUAUGUCAUUGCCAUGCAGCAUAUGGGCAUCAAGGGCCUUCCCGACUUGGUGAAUGCGCUCAUGUUGACCUCCAUCUUCUCUGCCGGCAACACUUACACCUACUGCGCCGUGCGAAACCUUUACGGCCUCGCCCUCGAGGGACGCGCGCCCCGCUUCCUUGCCUACACCACGCGCCGCGGUGUUCCAUUGUUCUGCUUCCUCGUCGUCAUGGUCUUCCCCUUCCUUUCCUUCCUCUCCGUCUCCAAGGGUUCGGAGCAGGCAUUGGUCUGGCUCAUUAACAUUACGACCGCCGGAGGCAUCAUCGACUACAUUGUCAUCACCAUCACCUACAUUCGCUUCUACAAGGCCUGCCAAGUGCAAGGCCUCGAUCGCCGCACGCUGCCCUACACCGGCUGGUUCCAGCCCUACUCCGCCUGGAUCGCCCUCUUCUUCGAAGUCAUCAUCGUCAUCACCUUCGGCUACAGCUCCUUCCUCGGCGGCUUCUCCGUUACCACCUUCUUCACCUACUACAUCCUCGUCAUCCUCGACCCCAUCCUCUUCAUCUUCUGGAAGGUGUUUAAGCGCACCAAGUGGAUCAAGCCGGAGGAGGUGGAUCUCGUUUGGGAGCGGCCGACAAUUGAUGCGUACGAGGCGACGUUCAUUGACAAGCCGAUUGGGUUCUGGCGCGAGCUUAUCCAGCUCUUUGGUCUGUGGAAGCAGCCGGGUGGCAAUGACAAGCGCGUUGCUAGCAUUUCAAACUAG